AUGCUGCCGAAAAAAUCUUUGUCAACAUUGUUUGGCUUCUUCAACACUCCAGUGUUAUCAGAAAUCAAAGUUUUUAAGUGUUCUGACCAUGCGAAUCAAAAUGAAUACUCUAUUAUAUCUAAAUGGACGCAGAUUGAUACCUUUCGGAAAGACAGUGUCUCAUAUUCAAAAACUUAUUUAAUCAAUUUGCCACAUGACAAGUAUGAAAAUUUAGAAGUGAAAUAUACUUCACAACUACAGUUUUCCUCAUUUGGACAGUGCUUUCCUUUCACUUCACAGAACCAUGUACGUACUAUUUGGGAUAUUCAGUCUCCUGAAGGCAGUCAUAGAGCUGUGUGUAUCGAAUGUAAUCCACCACCAGCUCCAAAUUCUUCAAAGUCUACCAUCGCUAGUUUCGCAGAAUCGGGUAUUUUCAUUCAAAUAUGGUUCAAUGGACGUCUCACAAACUCAAUAAAGCUCCCAACGAAAUCUCCUAAUGCUCGUCAUGGUCGUGUUUAUCCUUCGAACGGUGCGACAUUUUGUGGAGCCAUAUGGUCAAAUGCAAGAGAUAAGAUUGUUUAUCUGGCAGAAGAAGUCUUUAAUGAUCCUGCAGAGGUAAUAGCUUUCAUCAUUUUACUAUGA